GCCGCGGGAACGCGCGAUGGGCAAGUGGAGCAUCGGGCGAAAGCCGGGCCGCGCACUCGGACUCCUGCUGCUGGUGAUCGUGGGUUUCCUGGUGCUCCGCAGGUCGGAUUGGUAUAAUCUGAUCCCUGCAUGGCUAAGACACCGGCAGUCAGGGCUUCAGGCCAACGGCCAAUACUUCAUGCUGGAGGACUCCACUUUCUGGAUCUUUGGGGGCUCCAUGCACUAUUUCCGGGUGCCCAAGGAAUACUGGAGGGACCGCUUGCUGAAGAUGAAAGCCUGUGGCUUGAAUACCCUCACCACCUAUGUUCCAUGGAACCUCCAUGAACCAGAAAGAGGCAAAUUUGACUUCUCUGGGAACCUGGACCUGGAGGCCUUUGUGCUGAUGGCUGCGGAGAUCGGGUUGUGGGUGAUUCUGCGUCCAGGCCCUUAUAUCUGCAGUGAGAUUGACCUCGGGGGCUUGCCCAGCUGGUUACUCCAAGACUCUGGCAUGAGGCUGAGAACAACUUACAAGGGCUUCACGGAAGCAGUGGACCUUUAUUUUGAUCACCUGAUGUCCAGGGUGGUGCCACUCCAGUAUAAGCAUGGAGGUCCCAUCAUUGCUGUGCAGGUGGAGAAUGAAUAUGGUUCCUAUAACAAAGACCCUGCCUAUAUGCCUUACAUCAAGAAAGCCUUGGAGGACCGAGGUAUUGUGGAGUUGCUCUUGACUUCAGACAACAAGGAUGGCCUGCAAAAGGGAGUCAUGGAUGGAGUGCUGGCCACCAUCAACUUGCAGUCACACCAUGAGAUGCAAUUAUUAACCAACUUUCUCUUAAGUGUGCAGAGGGUUCAGCCCAAGAUGGUGAUGGAGUACUGGACAGGGUGGUUUGACUCGUGGGGAGGCCCACACAACAUCCUGGAUUCUUCUGAAGUUCUAAAAACAGUGUCUGCCAUCCUCGAUGCUGGCUCCUCCAUCAACCUCUACAUGUUCCAUGGAGGUACCAACUUUGGCUUCAUAAAUGGAGCCAUGCACUUUCAUGAAUAUAAAUCUGAUGUCACCAGCUAUGACUAUGAUGCAGUGCUGACAGAGGCUGGGGAUUACACAGCCAAGUACUUCAAGCUCCGAGGUUUCUUUGGCUCUCUCUCAGGUGUCCCUCUUCCUCCCCAACCUGACCUUCUUCCCAAGACUGCAUAUGAGCCCUUGAGACCAGAUUUAUACCUGUCGCUGUGGGACGCCCUGAAGUACAUGGAGGAGCCAGUCAAUUCUGAAAAACCAGUCAAUAUGGAAAACCUGCCAGUAAAUAAUGGAAAUGGACAGUCCUUUGGGUACAUUCUGUAUGAGACCACCAUUGCUUCAUCGGGCAUCCUUAGUGGUCUUGUGCGUGACCGGGGACAGGUAUUUGUGAACACAGUGUCUGUAGGAUUCUUGGACUAUGAAAGGAAGAAGAUUGUUAUUCCCUUGAUCCAGGGUUACACCAGGCUGAGGAUCUUGGUGGAGAAUCGCGGGCGAGUCAACUACGGGAAUAACAUUGAUGACCAGCGCAAAGGUUUAAUUGGAAAUAUCUAUCUGAAUGAUUCUCCCCUGAAGAAAUUCAGAAUCUACAGCCUGGAUAUGAAAAAGAGCUUCUUUCAGAGGUUCAGCGUUGACAAGUGGAGCCCUAUCCCUGAAGUACCUACAUUCCCUGCUUUCUUUUUGGGUGCCUUGUCAAUUUCCCUUUCCCCUUUUGACACCUUUAUGAAGCUGGAGGGCUGGGAGAAGGGGGUUGUAUUCAUCAAUGGCCAAAACCUUGGACGCUACUGGAACAUUGGACCCCAGGAGACCCUCUACCUCCCAGGUGCCUGGUUGGACCAAGGCAGCAACCAGGUUAUUGUUUUCGAGGAGAAGAUGGCAGGCCCUGUGAUACAGUUCACUGAAACACCCCACCUAGGCAGGAGCCAGUACCUUGAGUGAGCAGCACUGCCCCGCGCCCCCUGGUGGUGGGAAGCAGGAGAGCACCACCAUCCUCUCAGCUGACCAGAGAGCCUGGUGCUCUGCUGCCUCACAACCCACCCAUGCAGGAGAGUUUCCUGAAGUAGUGUCCUCAGGCAGCCACAUGUUCAGCAGGGUCCACUAGCUCAGUUCAAGACCUUAAACUUGGAAGAACUGAAGAAGAAAAGUGGGAUAGGAAGGAGGGACCUACUUCUUACCUAAGUGGCUUCUUGACUGGGCUUUGUUGAUGGGACGUUCCCUACUUCCCUUCUCUUCUGAGAGAGGACAGAGGGAUGCCUCUCUAGAGAGGAAUGUCUAAUCAGAUGUCCACUGAUGACACCUGGGGCCCUCUGUUGGACAUGACUUCUAGACACAGAUUUGCUCCUAUGAUGUUCUCACCUGUGUUUAGCCACACCCCUCCUGGCCCUUUUCAUCUGAAAGAGAAGAUUUGUCACCAUUUGCAGAGGAUAGGGAAGCAGGUGGAUGUCUCGCCUGAAUCAACUUUGUUCUUCUCAACCCUCCAAGUCUUCUCUGGGAUUCUGGAAGAAACUUCGUUUGAGAGACACACACAUUUUCUCCUUCUCAUUUCUACUCUAAUUGCAUCUGACAGGAUGACAAGCCAAACUUAGGAGAAAUAGAAAUACUCAGCUACUUACCUUCCUGAAAUAGAAGGUCUUUCCAGUUUUACUCAGUGAGAAGAAGCAUCACCUGAGGAGGGAAUGCAGAGCCUAGUAGGAACCACACCCUGAUCUAAAGGCCCAGAUCCAGGGGCAUGGGCAGGUAGUCUCCCUGGAAUGUUGCUGUAGCCACGGGGCCUGCAGGCCUAACCCAGAUCUUGCUUCCAGCUCAGUCUCGCUCCCUCUACUUCCUGUAACUUAAGCAGGAGGAGAGGCAGCCUUCCUUUGCAAUUGUCUGUCCAAAUUUGAGGCACUUGUUCUAGGGAUUGAAUCCAUUGGGUUAGCUCAGGUUCACUGUUCUGAAUUGCAAUAAAGCAGAAUUCAAUCAAACCCCUUUUGGUGAUACUUUUUUGAUCC